CUGCAGAUGCACAUGUUAGCGCUACAGCUUACCGCUCCUCUGAACCUGAUUAUGAUGACCUGCUGAGACGCCUACUAGCUUCAUUAAAACCCGGCCGUGCUCGUCUCAUGUCGAGGGAUUCUCGGCGACCGCCCUCCGACACUGACUUCUUCCCGCCCACAAGACGCGCGACCGACCUCCGCACCUCUUCCUCAGAAUCCGCCGCUGCGGCAGCAGAUGCGCAUCUCAAUGACGCUCCGCCUGCACGGCAACACUAUCGCUACCCGCAGAUUGGUGGGACUCACCGGGAUUAUGUGAUUCCGCAACAAAAUGGCAUGAGCGAUACCGCCAUCAAUGCGGUCGCUGGCGCGUGUGCGGGGCUCGUCUCAAGUGUUGCGACGUGUCCGCUGGAUGUCGUCAAGACAAAAUUACAAGCGCAGCAUACACCGACGUUUGAGACGCCCAAAGUACCCACUGCGGGUGUUGCACCGCCAUCGCAACAACUUUAUCGUGGUAUAUUCGCUUCGCUACGGCGGAUAUGGUUUGAGGAAGGUAUUCGUGGACUGUAUCGAGGUCUGGGUCCGGUACUAUUGGGAUACUUGCCGACAUGGGCAUCCUACUUCACCAUCUAUCAACAUUGUCGCAAUGUCUAUGGUGCAGGACAGCCAAGUGCUGCAGUCCUACCGAAUGUCGCUGCUGCCAUGACGGCCGGCGCCAUCUCCACCACCGUAACCAACCCAAUCUGGGUUGUGAAGACGCGUAUGAUGACACAGUCGCCCUCGCACGAGCAUGGGCUCAAAUACAAAUCAACGCUCGAUGCCUUUCGCACCAUGUUUCGUGAGGAAGGGCUGUCUACCUUUUACAAGGGCCUCGGGCCUUCUUACUUUGGCAUUGCCCAUGUCGCCGUGCAAUUUCCACUUUACGAAGCCAUGAAGGAAUGGUUUGGUGCUCAGGGCCCUGAUGCCAAGUUGAGCAACAUCCUGCUCUCGAGCUCCCUCUCAAAAAUGAUUGCUAGUGCCACGACGUACCCGCAUGAAGUCCUACGCACACGCUUGCAAAAUCAAAAAUACAGAAAGAAUGAUCCACGCAACAAAUACACAGGCAUCUGGCAUGCGUUCAAGUUGAUUCGGCGGGAAGAAGGCUGGCGCAUGUUUUACUCUGGUAUGGGUACGAAUUUCGUGAGAACUGUACCGGCGAGUGCAUUGACACUCAUGACGUUUGAAGUGGUAUCAUCAACACUCAAGCAGAACCUCGGCAAGCAUGGUGUACGCGAUGAUUGGCGUGAUGCCAGUGGCGAGUAAUUCGAGUUAUCUUCCUGUUAUAUAAGCAUUCACAUAUACGUCUACAGUAGCGCUCAAUUGGCUUUCGCUCACCGCCAGCCCUGAUCAGACUUCAGUCAUGCUAGCUACUUCGCCAUGCCGAUUUGAGCGUUUGACGCUCCUACUCAAGUCACGCUUGAAUUGUAACAUGC